GCGUCAUCCACGACCAUCCUGUCAUGAUCUGCAAAAAGCUGUCAACCCCCUGACUCCCUACCAUCAGACGACCCAUUCGGAAGAUUUUCAGGUUGCCCCUCAGUCGACGUAUUUCCAAGCAGAUGGUUUGUGGAGGUUGAUUCUCUGGAAACGAUGCUUGGAUUUAUACAAGGCCCGCUCCGAGGAGCGCGAGCAUGUGGAGCCGGCCCUGCGCGCCGACAAGUCAAGAAGGCGCUGCUGGGGGCCGCCGCACAGGUGGCGGACCUGACGACGUACGUCGGCACCGAGAUCGAGAGCCUGCAGCUCGGGGACCUGACGGACCGGCAGAGGGACGAGCUGGCGCUGCUGGUGGCGGAGCGGAGCGUCGACCUGAGCCUACAGCAGCAGCUCAACCUGGGCAAGCACUUUGGAGAGGUCGAGGUCCACCCCCAGGUCCCCUACGUGCCGGACCUGCCCGGCGUGCACAUCAUGUGGCCGAACCUCCAGGCCAUGCAAAGCCCGGCGUUGUUCCGAAGGCCCGGCGGCGCAUCGAGGUGGCAUUCCGAUCUCGUGCACGAGAAGAACCCGGCUGGGCUCACUCACCUGCACAACGACGGCCCAAUAAAAAGUCGGUUUAUCGGAGACACGAUCGGAGUUAGUGACUCGGGUGAGAAAGGAAAAUAUAAUCCCGGCGCGGAUGGAAACAAGGGAAUUAACAGUACUGGUUUGGAAAUUGAAGGUGGUGGAGAGGAAAUUCAUAAAUGA